CGCAACAUCAUCCAGUGGCCGUUAGAGCCUCCAACAGUGCACAACCAACUAGAAGAACUUAUGUAUUAAGUAGAUAAAAAUGCCGCCACCAAUUUAAAAUAGAAAAGACAUGUUCGUGUCCCGUUGAUCGAAGUCAGCAAAAAUUACCGAGCGAAAAAUAUGGCAGCUACAGAAGAUGCUGACGAACAACCAGAUGGAGCCAAUCAUAAAAGCCCUACCGAUGAAGAUGGUACUUUGGAGAAUAAUUUCAAUAAAAAAUCGCCUGGCAAGACUUACGGAAAUAACAAAGACAGCAAAACAGCCUACACCAAGUCGAACAAGGACAAUGUGACCAGGGUAGUGGUUGUGGGCCUAACACCGGAACGAAGACGCGAAACCUGGAACAAAAAAGUCGAAUUUUUAUUGGCCGUCGUAGGAUUCGCAGUCGAUUUGGGCAACGUUUGGAGAUUUCCUUAUAUUUGCUAUGAAAAUGGAGGAGGUGCCUUUCUAAUUCCUUACACAAUAAUGCUAAUCUUCGGAGGUCUGCCCUUAUUCUACAUGGAACUAGCUUUAGGCCAGUUCCACAGAAGCGGCUGUCUGACGAUCUGGAAACGAAUAUGUCCGGCUUUGAAGGGUGUCGGUUAUGCCAUUUGUCUACUAGACAUCUAUAUGGGCAUGUACUACAACACCAUCAUAGGCUGGGCAGUCUACUACCUGGUGGCCAGUUUCACCUACGAACUGCCCUGGACCAAAUGCAACAACGAAUGGAACACCAUCGAUUGCAUACCUGUAACCGAUACGGCCAUAAGGCACAAUGCCAACUCUACAACACCAGCCAAAGAGUUUUUCGAAAGAGAAGUUUUAGAACAAUACAAAUCGGAUGGGCUUAAUAGAAUGGGCCCAAUAAAGCCUGCACUGGCUUUAUCAGUCUUUUCAGUGUUUAUUUUAGUGUAUUUUUCCUUAUGGAAAGGUGUUAAAAGUACUGGAAAGGCUGUUUGGGUAACAGCUCUGGCACCCUACGUGGUCCUUAUAAUCCUACUAGCCAGAGGCGUUACUCUUCCAGGCGCCAUGGAAGGCAUUAGAUAUUAUUUGACUCCAGAAUGGCACAAGCUCUACAAUACAAAAGUCUGGAUAGAUGCUGCAUCCCAAAUCUUUUUUUCAUUGGGGCCUGGAUUUGGCACCCUUUUAGCUUUGUCCAGCUACAACAAGUUCAAUAAUAAUUGUUACAGGGACGCUGUUUUGACCAGCAGCAUUAAUUGUUUGACUAGUUUUCUUGCAGGAUUUGUAAUAUUUUCAGUGCUAGGUUAUAUGGCACAUGUGCAACAUAAAAGUAUAGAACAAGUUGGAUUAGAAGGUCCAGGCUUGGUUUUUAUAGUGUAUCCAGAAGCGAUAGCCACAAUGGGUGGUUCAGUGUUCUGGUCGAUAAUUUUCUUUUUGAUGCUGAUCACGCUGGGACUGGAUAGCACUUUUGGAGGGUUGGAGGCGAUGAUAACGGCCCUUUGCGACGAGUACCCCAAAUCGUUGGGCAGGCACCGAGAGAUUUUUGUUGGAUUUCUUUUGCUCGGGAUUUAUAUUUGUGCUUUGCCCACAACAACUUACGGUGGAGUCUACUUGGUCAACAUGCUAAAUAUCUACGGUCCAGGCUUGGCGAUUCUAUUCAUAGUUUUCGUAGAAGCCGCAGGAGUGUGCUGGUUGUACGGUACCGAAAAUUUCGCCAGAGAUAUUGAAAAAAUGAUCGGAUCUCGUCCUGGCCUAUUCUGGAGGAUCUGCUGGAAGUAUAUCAGUCCAGUGUUUUUAUUGAUUAUUUUCGUGUGCUCCAUAUUGAACCACGAAGAUAUGCUGGGGAAAGAGUACCAGUAUCCGCCUUGGAGCUUGAAAGUUGGCUACGUACUGACAGCUUCAUCCAUUAGCUGCAUUCCGUUGUAUAUUGUGUACAAGUUUGCCAUUACACCUGGUAGCUGUUUACAGAGAUGGCGUAUGAUCUGGCAACCAGAACAUUCGUCAGAUAACGCCUUGACUUAUUGCGGUGGUACCGAAGUCUGACCAGACUCGAGAGUGGUACGAUCGUACACUAUCGAAUGGUUAGUUUAAAUAUUUGUAAUGAUUUUUAUUGUAUCGAAGUUUAUGCCUUCCUUCGAUACACUAUAAAAUUACAACUUUCCUGAUUGAUAUUUGAAAUUUAUAAUGCCUUCAUUUCAAAUAUCAAAAUUAGAUUUUCUUGUAUAAGUAUAUUAGAGAUUUUGUAUAGAUAGAUUCUAUUGGAUAAAAAAUAUACAGCCAUAUAUUUUAUCCAUCUUUUUAUAAAAUUUACGUGUAAAAAAGCUAUUUUAGAAAGCAUCGAAUGUACUUAAAAUGUAUAGCAACUCAGCCAUAUUGCUAUAUAUAGGUAUUUUGCUUUUUCAAUCAAUGUUAGUUCCUAAAAAUUAUUUUUUACUGUUGUGUGUGUGAAUAAUCUAGAAAUCUAUAAUUUGAUUGUUAGUGCUGUUUGACAAAUAAUCUAAUUGUUUUAAAAAAUGUUAAGAUGCUCAAAAUGUUUAUUAUAGGAUUAUUUUCUAUUGCCAGCUUUGGGUCUUUUUGACAGCCAUAAAAGGGCCUAAGGUUUUAUCGUUUAUUUAUUUUCGUAAUAAACCUCUUUGUUUUUAGUAUAA